AUGGUAAAAACAAUGCAAACCCGAGUGGAAGAUGAAGAAAAGUUUACUGUCAGAGUCAAAUAUUGGGAAGGAUGGAAGAAGAAGGAUGAUGCGUCUGAUGAUGCUCUGUUUUAUUUGUCGGACUUCCAUCUCGAAAACAUCAAGAUUUUGCUUACUAGUAAAGACGUCUACCACUGCUGUCUGAAGAAAAAGUAG